UGGGGCGCUGGGUGAGGCUCCGGCCGGCCGGCUGGUAGAUGGGUGGGCGCCGCUCUGUUUCGGGCUCCUCUGCGCUCCGGAUCAGACGCCCUGCCGGUUUCCGCAGACGAUUGUUUUUUUGGAAGUGUUUCAUUUCCGAGACUCCGCAGCCGGAAACGGGUUUUCACGUAUUCCGAGCAUCUCAGCAGCUGAACUCGCGUUCAUCGUCAACAACCUGUGAUCUGUAAUGGGACUUAGCACGAAUUUAAACCGGUGAUGUGGUUAUCAAAGAUGUUGAUAUUACUGGACAGCUUUGGCAGAAUGAGUGAACAGUGAGUGGAGAAUUUUCUUGUUUCUAUCUGCUGGGCAACUUUGACCUGUUGAAAUGCUAUAAAUUUAUGAAAAAAUGAGUGUUGGACGCAAAAGAACAAAGCUGGUUGGGAUUAUGAUGAUGGUAAAUUUCUUCAUUUAUGUCGUGGUAGAGAUUUCCUGGAAUGAUCAUGAAGACAAAAACUCGACCAAAAAGAUGAUCAUUGCAGACGGUGUAUUUUGGAAACCAGUAGUUCAUAUUAAACCAUACUGGAAUCGAGAACAGCACAAAUUGGAUGAAUUGUACAACCCUGUUACUGCUGCUCUACACAACAGAACUGUGAUGGCGAACAUAAACAUUACAAACAUGUAUACUUGUGAACCUAAUUUAAAUUUAAAGGAGGAGAUCAGUAAUUUCGAUAGUUUGCCUGACCGUUUCAAAGAUUUUCUAACGUACUUGCGAUGUCGGAGCUAUCCCUUAAUAAUUGACCAACCGACAAAAUGCCAGAAUAAGCCUGUGCUUCUGUUGGCUAUAAAAUCACUGGAAUCACACUUUGACAGAAGGCAGGCCAUACGUCAGUCCUGGGGAAGUGAAGCCACAAUUAGAAAUAAGACCAUUGCAAGGAUCUUUUUACUGGGCAAGUCUUCGCAAGCAGAUGACUUUCCUAACUUAUCAGAUAUGCUUCAAUUUGAGAGUAACCAGCACAAAGAUAUUCUUCUGUGGGAUUACAGAGAUACAUUCUUUAAUCUAACACUAAAAGAAGUGUUGUUUUUAGAGUGGAUAAGCAAAUCCUGCUCCAAUAUUCAAUACAUUUUUAAAGGAGAUGAUGAUGUCUUUGUAAACACGUUACAGAUUCUAGAAUAUAUAGAUACAUUGGAUAAGAAUAAAGCGAAAGAUCUGUUUAUUGGUGAUGUUAUUACAAAUGCAGGACCUCAUCGAGAGAAGAAACUGAAGUACUAUGUUCCUGAAAGCAUAUUUGAAGGUGUGUAUCCUCCCUAUGCAGGUGGAGGUGGAUUUCUCUACUCUGGAUACUUGGCAAAGAGACUUCAUAAUAUUUCAUAUCAAGUAGCACUAUAUCCAAUUGAUGACGUGUACACUGGAAUGUGCCUUAGAAAACUUGGCCUUGCUCCAGAGAAACACAAGGGUUUCAGGACUUUUGAUAUUCUGCAAAAAGAUAGACAAAUUACUUGUGCAUACAAAAAUUUAAUAUUAGUCCACAGCAGAAAUCCCCAAGAAAUGAUAAGAAUCUGGAGCAGGCUGCAGGAUCCUCAAUUGAAAUGUUAAUCUAAAAUACCAUAUGAAGAAAAUGGUUGAAAGAGUUGAUACCAGCUUCCAUUGGACACGGAGGGUUAUCUGAUUUUUUGCAUUGUUAUAACCACUUAAUGAUAUCAUGUUGCUAAUAGGCUGUGCAAAAUCUGUGUGAAGGUUUCUCUCAGAGGAUACCAAUUGUGAACCUCAGAAGUAUUGUGGGUCCAAAGGUAUCUGUAUUCCUUAGUCAGGAUUUGCAUUCGUUGUGUUGAUCAACCUGAAUGCUACAUUUCACUGAAUGCACAGAAUAAUUUUAUGAAUUCCACAAUUUCCACCAUCUCUCUCUAACAUGAUGUCAUCUUCCACAACGGAUCAUUCCCAUUCUCUAUCAAAAGGAAUCCCAGGAGAUUAUUCUGGAGCCAGUUGAAAUAAGGUCUGGUGAUAAUUGGAACGGAGUGGUUCAUUCAGUAUAUUGUAGCCAAAUAAAAGAGGCGGCACAAAGAGAUUACAGAAUAUUACCCUGGACUAUGUCAGCCAUGAGCAUAAUAUUGUCUCUUUAAAUCUUGUGCAAGCAGAUUAUUUUUGAGAUUCACUAUCAAUUGUAUAUGAUUAUAUGUGCUGUACAUCAGGAAAGGGGAUGUUUCAUGUCUUCAAAGAAGAAUGUAAAUGAAUUUUGUUUAAUAAAUCUAAUUUCUGAAUAGAAAGUCAAUGCUAUUUAAAUUUUAGUGCAGGUUGCAAAAGAAAUCCAGAAGUUUUAUAAAUUCUGGAUUUGUCCCAGAUUAUUUCCAAUCUAUUAAAGGUUGCUGGACAUUCUCCAUAAUAUGUAAGCAUGUGUGCUUCCUGUGUUUUAUGUGGAAAAGUGCCUGCAUUUUAUUUAUUCAGAUCUACGACCAAAUUGUUUUUAAAAUGGAAAAUAUACAAUGUAUAUUUUGUCUGUAAAAACUUGUUAAGUGUGACUUGUCUCUAAAUAAACAGUUAAUAUAAUCCUUGGCAUCUUUCAAGAUAUAAUAAAAGAUAAUCCAGAAUGCAUUUCUUUAAACCUGAGGGGGAAUAGGCUCUAACUGCACAUUAUACAGAGUGUCCUAACUCCUUGUACAGUGGCUGCACGUAGACCAGUUAAACCAAGAAAAUUCCCUGGACUUUCCACCAACAAAUAGACAUUAAAUCAUCCUAAUACAUAAAACCAUAAAGUAUUUCAUCCAAUUCCACCCCCCCCCCAAAAAAUGUAAUUGAUUUCAACUUUGUGGUUGUUGGUUGGUAAAUGGGGCCCUCCAUAUGUGUGAAAGAUGAUCGGAGGAAAAGUGCUCCCUCCAUGACAUCAGAUUUCAUUGUUUUCCUUUGAUUUUGCUAUUUAGUAAUUCUCAGCAAGAUGGUUGGAGAUAGUUAUAUCCCAUUGAUUUUAAUGUGCAAGCUAUUUAAAAUCAAUAUAUUUGAGACUAGUAGAGCUUUCCCUUGGGAUUUAUGAAUACUUAAUAUGAUUUGGUAUCUAAAAUUUUAAAUGGGAACAUUUUCAUUUAACUUGCCUGUCAAGAGAAGUAACUGCUGAUUUCACUUCAUGUAUGCAUUUCAAAACAAAUGUAUUUAAAAUGAAUCACUUGUGGCUCUUGGGUGUAUGUUUUAUUUACAGUAUGAGCUUAGUUGCAAUAUUAUAGUUAAAUUUUGUUUCUCUGAUACUUAAAUUAUGACACAACAUGGUUCACAGAGAAAGAAUAUUGCCAUAUUAGGAGUGAAGACAUCAGCACCAUUUGUGGUGCAAAUUUGUGACUCAGUUACUCAAGAUAUGCUUGCAUUCACUGCUUUUCUUGGUGCUAUAUAAGGAAUUAAAACUGGGAAAUGGGGAAGGAUCUACUGUUUAGUAUUUCAAGGUACUGGGAUUGUGUAGUUUCUGCACUUUAACUGUAAGGGUCCCAUGGUUUGACAAAUCUGGCUGAUGAUCUGGAGUCUUGUAGCAUGAGGUCCUUUGAUUUGGCUUUAAGUAUUAAACUGAGGAGCUCUUGCGCAGGUUGGGCCCAUAUUUAAAUUAGAACUAAGCCAUUCAACAGUAUUAGAAAGGCUUUUCACCAUUUUACUAGUCUAACUCUCAACUGAAGCAUGAAUGUCUUCAAAUUGUUUUGUGGUUUGUUGUUGGUUUAUCUCAUGUCCUGCUUUCUGGAUUGCUUGGCAUAAGAGAUCAUAAUUUAGUUCAUAACAGGGCAUUAACAUACCUUGGGUUGAAACAUGAUUAGAAGUAAUUGCACAGUGCAAAAGAAAGCUUCAGGAUCUUUACCAUCCAAUCCAAAAUAAGAAAAUAUGACGAUAGGUCUUUCAUAUGAAAGAGUUGAUAUCUGUAAUUGUCUUGAAAGUAAAUAAAGCACUUGAUCUUUUAAGUAAAUGACUCCAGAUAGUACAGAAAAAUAUGAUAAAUGUAUAUUCCCUUAGACUCCUAACAAUUAAAUGUAGAUCUACCAUUUUCCUUUGGUAAUUUUGUCUUUAAUUGUGGCCUUUAAGUAAGGCCAGCUUGCCCUUUAUUUGAACCUUCAAUGUAGAAAAUUAUAUUUGUAUACAACCAUAAGAAAUAGUAGCUUAUCCGUGAAGCAGAGUUAGGAAUUCACAUUUUAGUAGAGGCUGGAUUUUUCCUGAACAUCACCCUCGAAUGGAAUAAUAAAUUUUAAUUCAAGCCUUGUCUGUGCAACAUCCUUUCAUAAUUUAAUCUGUUCAGCCAAAUUAAAGGACUUGGGUUAAACUCAACCUCAACCCAGGUGUGUCUGGUGAGGUACUGCCUGACUUAUGCCACUUGUACAUACAUACAGUAACAUUACAAGAUCAUUGUUCCAAAGAGGUAGAUGUAAUUUAAAGCAGAGUAUAUCUGCAAGUUCAACAGAAGUAUGUGGGAUGAGAACUGGCGAGGAAGCAAUUAACCAUUGCUGCUGCUUACUGAAAAACUACAUUUAUUUUUUUUCUCAGUGAUUGCCUGCACUAUGUAGUUAGGUGUUUUGCUCCUUUUCAAAUUAGAUAAAACAUGAGCAGAGUUUUUAUAAACAUGAACAGAGAACUUAAUAAUUACAGGACAGUUGGAGUACAUGAGAGAACAUUUGGAAAUUAUCUUCUGUUUGGAAGAGGUAGAUUCAUUUUGUACUCAUUUGCUGAGAUGAAGCAGUUAUUCAGUUAGGAUCUAACCAUGCUUCAAAAAUUUGCAUAGUUCCCAAAAUGGAUUCAAGAAACAUUUAAGCCAAAGACACGAAUAUUCAGCUCCCAAAAAAUACUGGGGUUAUAACUGGGUCCUUCAUAAUUAAAAAGGACCUACAUUAUCUCAGAGUGGAAGUUUAGAGAAAAACUGGUACCACCAUCAGCUGCACCAGGUUCUUUGUAGCAGCCAUAAGAUGACAUUUGUAAGUUUGAGAGUUUGCAUCCCUGGGGCAAAUUGGCCAAGUAAUCAGGAGAUCGUGCCCUUGGAGAAGUUUUAUAAAAUUUCAGUUUGACUUAAGGCAAAUCAAUCCUGGGUUUAAUUUGUGUUUUACAAUGAUGUUUUUUCUUUUGCAUUUUUGUCAAUAGAUAAAUAACUCUGCUGAAUGAUGGAUAUAAUCUUGUAUUGUACUGUCCCAGCCAUUUUGAAGAGCUUACACAAGCUCUUCAAAGUAUGGGACCUAAAAUUAUAAAGUGAAAUCGAUUACCAGAAGGACUCUGGAAAUGAAAAAAGUGAGAAUGAGCCACUUCUCAAUUAGCUUUUUGCCAAACUUAUGUUGUCAAAAACCAGGUUGACUUCACCAUUUUGCAAAAACAAGUCAUUUCACACGUUUUAACUUUCAUUUCAGAAAUAUCUUAUUUUUAUAUUUGCUCAGCAAAUCCCCUCAAAUGUGUGUUCCAGAUGUAAGGGAUUCAGUAGUGACUGAAUGUGAGUAUUGCAUCGUGAACAUAUUUGUAAUAAGACCAGACUUAAACAGGGAGAAAAGUUUGUCCUUUGAUGGAACAGAAUUUCCUUUUGCCUCUCCAUAGUGGCUUUUCCUGAGUUUAAUAACCUUUUGAAGAAAUGCAAAUUUUGGGUUAAACUUUCCACUUUGUUCAGGUUGUGGGCAUGUGUCAGCUGCCCUUUGAACCUUCUGUGUCAUCACUCCACCUACACAAAUGAUGCAGCACUGUGAUGGCUGACACCACAAACAUUUCCUGUGAUGGUUCCAAUUAACAUUUCCCCUUUCUAAUGAAAGAUCUUUGAGAUGAAAUGUUAAUUAUGUUUCUCUCUCCACACUUGUUGCUGAGCAUUUUCAGUGUUUGCCAUUUUUCAGAUUUCCAUAUCUUGUGGUAUUUUGCUUUUAGCUUACCCUGAGUCAUUUCCAACCUCUUGCAGACCACAUCUAUUGUUCGCACAUCUACAUUCACACCAAUCCUUCAGUUCAGGAGUCUGACAGUAAAAACAAAAUUUCCCUCCACCCUUCAUGAAUCAUCUGAGCAAUCCCGUGACCCCCCUGUGGCCAGACAUAUCUAUGUCUGCAUGCUGGGUACUGCUGACCCACGGGAGGACUGGACAGGGUUGUGGUUGAGAAAUAAUGGUCAUAUCUGUGAGUUCAAAUUAGUGAUAAAUGUGAAUGCUCUUAGAUCCCCCUGAGAUUGUGGAGCACAAGCACAAGUCCCCUAGAGGGAGUCCAAACAUUGAAUGGGGAAGAUCCGGUUGCCUGAGGCACAUUUUAUUCAGCAAUGCACAUCAUUAACAUCACUGUGUGUGUGUGUAUAUAUAUAUCUAUAUAUAUAUAUAUAGAGAGAGAGAGAGAGAGUACUAGAUGGGCUUGGGGAAGGAGGGAAGGAGAGAAGGGGGAGGCUGAAGCUUCAAAUCAAUUGAAGGGGUAAGGGAUACAGUUAAAUGACUAUACCUUAGCUCUAGGUCAUUGAAGCCAGCUGAUGUAUUCUUGGCCAAAUCCUUAAAGUAAAAGAAGCCUUUUUGUAAGAUAAAUAUUGUACAAGUAUUUUUAACAAUUAUUCAAAUAAAAUUUAUUUUUAAAUGUGAUAAAUGUCAGAGCACUUCUGAAUUCUAGAUGUUCAAAGAAAUGUAAAAGUAAAACCUGUUUUAAUAAUUUUGGUUUUGUACCAAAAUGUAUACAUUUUGUUCUUUUAGUAACUUUCUGUGCCUGAAUAAUCAAGGUUAUUAAAUAUGUACCUGAGGUCAUAAAUAUCUUUGUUGCUUGUGUGUAAUCUUGACCUAGUUCUAGGUUAUCUUGUGUUUUACUAAAUAUAGCAAAUUUAAUGCACUCACAAAAAAAAACAACUACAGCAGUUCAGUGGGAGCAACGUACCACUUGCUGACCUGUGUUGGCAUUGAAUUGAAUUCAUUACUCUCCUUCAGUCUUCAGCCUUGUGCUAAUAGCAGUGACAUUACAAUAAGUAUGUAAUAUGUUAUGAAUGUCUGAAAUAAACUUUAAUUUAUAUAAUGGACUGACAUGGUUACAACUUUCCAAUUGCAGAUGUACUGAGAAAACAUGUUGUUUGAUGUGUGAAUAUGGAUUACAAACUUCCACGUAUCUAUCAAGAAAUAUUUUUUAAAAAUCUGGAAAGGGCACAUUAAAAUUAUGUAUAACUAAAACAACUUUCAAAAUGUUAAGUUUCUCAUUUAUAAAUCCAUUUCAAGCCUAACUUCCACUUCGUGAGGAACAAAGAAUCUGGAUAAUUAACCAGAUUUACUUUAAACCAC